CGUCGUGCUCGACGAUGCCAAGCUCGACAGUGUCGCUGGAGCCUCUCAGCUCGCCGUCGCCAUCCCCAUCACCGCCUCCACCAGAAACCCGAACGUCGACCUCCAACAAUAGUGGAGCAGGCGCAGGACUCGAUAGCGACUCUGAGCUCUCAGAGUUGACCGAGGACGAGCAGGAAAACGUCAACACCGAUCGCACGGAACAACUGCACCCCACAAAACGUCGAAAGCGUGGUGGAAUAGUCCCCGCACCGAUGUGGGAUUGGGCUUACAAGAACAAGAAGGAAUGGAAGAACACGAUGGUCGAGGAGGAAGAGGAGGAAGAGCAGUCAGGGCCUGCGAAGGCUUUGGAAGAGGAAGAGGAGGAUGACCGUGCGUCUCGCUCUAGGUCUACCACAACACCGUUGCCAGAACGACGGCGGAAGCGCAGCAAUGGCGGCGGUUUAGCGGUCGUGCGUUCGGACGACGAGCAGGACCGCGACCGCGACAAGGAGGAUGAUGCGGCGUCUGCUGAUGAGGCGUCCGCACCACCGGCCCUUGACGAUACUGGCAAUGACCUCGACUACAACUCCGAAGACGACGAAAGCCAUUUCGUGCCACGCGCAGACGCGGCCCGGUCGCGUGAACCGAUAGGCGGUGCUGCUUCCGCUGAGGCCACCGACGACGAGCCUAUGGAAGAAGACGAUGAUCCCGCAGCAGGUGACAAUGCUGUAGAUGACGAUCCAACGAACGAAGAUGGGUGUGCAGCUUCAGACAGCGAAGCCGCUCAGAAGUCGGCCACUAGCACCGCACCGUCCUCUGGUGCUCCGCUACCUACAUCCACCUCCCUCGUCGCCGUCGACCGAGAUGUUGAUCCCGGCGCCACACUCAUGGACGUCGACAAAACCGCACCAGUCCCUGAGAAGGUCUCUCCUAUCGUCGCAGCUGCUGCUGCUUCGUCGAUCAUGGCCGGUGCCGAAGUCGUUGACCCCCCUUCUCCUUCUCCGUCCACUUCAACCGCGUCCGGCUCAGGCCACAACCGCUCGCGGUCGCCCUCAAGGUCUCCUUCACCCGACAAUGUUUCGGAUAACGAAACAAGUAUCAAGCGUGGCGCGCCCAAGACGAGAGGGAAGCUCAGGAGCGGCCGGGCCACCCGGAAUCGUAGUCGUCGAAAAGCAAAGGGCGAGCCAGACCUGGACCUCGAGACGGAUCCAAUCCCUGCGGAGGCCGACAUUGAGGAAGCCGAUGUUGACGAAGGUGAUCUAGAUUCACCAGAGAUAGACAUGGAACUGGAACUGCAACCCGCGCACCGCGCAGAAGCCCUCGAUUACCUGGCUACUAUCGAGUUCAAAUACGCGAUGCUGCGAGAGAAGGUAUACGUGGAGAAGAUGGAAGCACUUGCAUGGGAAGAGGCCUUGGUUCAUCAAGGCAAAGGCAUUCAUCCUGAAAUGCUACAUCUGCACGCUGAGCUCGACCAGCGCAAAGAUACGCGCUUGGAACUUGCGCGAAAGCGACGCACACACGAGGCUGCGAACGUUACAAAACGCCGCAAGUUAGAGGAAACUGGUGUGUGGAGCUGGUGGCAGUUCAGACGCGACGAACUGCAAACCGAGAUGAUCGCGGAGACGCACAGGAAGCGUAGGCAAUUGGACCGGGAACGUCGCGCAUUAGAGCGCCCGCAACCUAUACGCUGCAUACCGAGCCCACCCCGCGAGAUCGCCGCGCCUCCGACCCUGCGGGAUCUCGUUAAAGCUUCUCCAUUUGAUUCUUCGGAAUCUCGGCGGCAUGCAGGUUCUGCCUCUCUGCUCGCGUAUCCACAGCUUAGCACUUUGGCGCCAGGAGAGAUCGCAGGCGAUAUCGAGUUCCUGCUCAACCAUCGUCGAAACGCCGGGCUUGUUAUGAAUCAUCCCGUGUUCCCCCACCCUGUACCUGGCCCACCGGCAUUUGACCAUUACAACGUCGGUCCAGGCGUGCUUGACGGCCCCGGCGCACCUAACCGGUACCCUCCACAUAUGCCCUUCCAGCAACCGCCGAUGCUCCCUCCAGCAAUGCCGCCGCAGAUGGUUCAGGCAUACCCCGGCGUUGCUCCCCCACCACGAUUGCAACAUCACCACUCUGCACCGUCAGGCUCUAUACCUAUAGCUCAUCCUCAAAUGCUCAUAGAGCAGGAGUUUGCUUCUGCACAUCGUCCAGUGUCGGGCUCUGCUCAUCAAAGUACGCAGAUGCAGCAAUAUCCUGCGGGUGGCCCACUAUCAAGGAACCGGCGCUCUCUCUCGCCAGUCCCCCUUCAUCCAGUAGGCAAUGGCUCGACUGUCAUGGGUGCGGGACCGUCUUCGAUCAGUACGAAAGGUAGUGGUCGUUCUGCCAUCCCGGGACCAGGUCCCAGUGGUCUUGGGCUCUCUGAGGCCAAACGCAUCGAUGUGGCGGGGUAUGCCAUGGACCAGGACAUGAUUCUCAUGGACAGAGAACGCGAACGUCAACGCAUGAUGGAACUUGAGAAGCAGAAAGAGCGCGACUACAGAGACCGGAGGGAGCGCGAACGUGCCAUGGAGAUCGAGCAAGAGCGUCGCGAACAUCGUCAGCGAGAGCAAGAACGUGAACAACUCGAUUUAGAACGGGCAAUGGAGAGGUCCAAUCAUGUACCACACGCCGUUCAACGACACGCGUCUCAUCAACAUCUUAUCCACCCUAGCCAGGGCGGUCAUAUGCAUAGUGCUCACCACCAUCACCACCAUCACCACCAUGUCGUCCACCACCACAGCGGUUCAUCCAACGGCUUGGGCUCAAGCACGAGUGGACAGCACCAAGGUAGUCUUCCUCCACUACCUGGUCCGGCAUCGAACGGCGUCGCCUCCGCGGCCAACAGCCCGCAUAUGUCUAUUAGAGAUCCAGAAGCACAGCGCCAGCACGCUGGGAUGCCUGUCGAGGUGAUUGACUUGCAUCCCUCUGUGCAGUCGACCGUGUCCUCACGUUCACUCUCACGGAAGGGUAACGAUGAGCAGCUUGCCCCGCAAGCAGAUGCUGUGCGUGAACGGACAAGGCCACCACUUCCGCAUGAGCGAUCGGCUCCGCCAUUUGUAACACCUCCCACGCAAUCGUCCGGUGGGAACUACCCACCGUCGCCUCAAGCCUCACAAGGCUUUUCUACUGCGCCCGCGUCUGUUGCGCCCUCUCGUAGAGGAUCUUGGAGUACAUCCGACGGAACGGCCGUUCCACGUCCAUCGUCUUCGGCUUCUGCGCAUCUCCCACCUCUUCCCGUCUCGCAGCGCCUUCCCGUGUCAUCAUUACCCAAUCGCAUACCCCCAGCUCAGCUUUCACCGACCGCUCAACCUCACAGAAGCCCGCUGCUACUGUCACCACCACGCAAUGGUAUCAUUAGGCUACCUCUGAGUCCGCCCCAGAGUAGCAGUGUGCGUUCGCCGACUCGUAACUCCCAGCCUUUGCCCGGACCCUCACUUCCGGGGCCUGCAUCAAGCGGUACUGUGACCAAACCCGUGAGCCCGAAGAACACAAGACGCACACCACCACUACCACCACCGCUAACAACUCGGCCUAAAUCUCCUCUCACGAGAGAGCGCAGUAUGAGUAGCACGGUGCCGCCAUCGAUACCUCUUGGCCAGAAACAUUUACGUAUGUCUCCGGUCAGCAUAUUCCCUGCGCCAGUAUCACAGCCUACACCUCUCCCCUCAUCUCGAUUACCCAACGUUGGAACGGACUCUGACGCUAAUCUAGUAUCUGCGCCCCCCAAGGUCAAUGCUGUCCCGGUUGAUUAAUGUCUCGGCUUUCCUUCGCAAAUUUGUUUGUUGUGCGCGUUCGUUUCACUGAGUUAGCUGUGUAUGUAUUAUUCACUGCUCAUCGAUCGUAAUGUAUCAGGGAUAUCACUAGCCCUUUACCCCCUUUGUCUGCCUUUAGCUGCACGUCCUACUUUCCUGCGUUGCUUGACCUCAAAUCAUAACCCCCCACGUCAUCAUC